AUGUUCGAUAAUCCUAUACUUGAUCAUGAGCGAAUAUACAUACAAGAUGACUUAUCAUACAACUUCUCUAAUCACAGAGAUGCCAAAGAGAUAAUACCAGGGGACGGAUUAGGAGGACGCUUAUGGUCUUUAAUCAGCAAGAUGCUUCAUCAAAUUACAUCAUUGAUUCUAUCCUACUUCAUACGACCUCGCCAUAUAGAACUACCCGAGCAUGAAAAAGCUCCCUUAAAUGAAGAAUCCAUAGCUAGUGAAGAUUCGGAUAUUGAAAUACUUGGAGAGAAAAUUAAAUUACAUCAUUAUCCCAUCACUAAUGACUAUCAUCUCAUAACCAAUCAUCAACGUUCAUACCAGAACAGCAUUUUGGAUGAUAGUUUUCGAGAUCAAAUGGGAAACAGUACUACCACGUAUGAAAAUAAUACUAGUCAAAUACUACGAGAUCUUGCAUUGAAGAAAUUGAGAGCAAAUAGAGCGGAAAAUAAACAGCUGAAUCGACAACAAUAUGGAACAGACUUGUCAAUUGCGUCACCUUUGUAUCGAACUCCAUCAAGUCGAGUCAAUAACCAGCUCAUUUCGGCACCACAAACACACCCCACUGAUCUACCCACUGAUCUACCCAUUGGUCAUCAAUUUUUUAAUAUCGGGCCAAAGACAAAUUACCAACAAUCAAUCCUAAAUUUCUACAUCCCACCACAACCAGUUUCAAUCACUUCAUAUUCAUUGAUAGAUGAUCUAAUUGCCAAUUUCAAAAUUGAUCGUAUUUCCGAAACCUAUAAAAAAGCCCAAUCAAAAACUCAAGAUUUAAUAACAGCAAAAAGAUUAGCUUCCAAAACUAAAAUUGAACCAUUAAAUGAAUCACAGUUGACAAAAGUAAAUCAGGCUUGGCAAUCGAACCCUCGAUCGAUUUGCAUUAAUCGAUACAACAUUGAUAUAUCCUUUGCUGAUUUACAAACUUUGAGAGAUGGACGUUGGCUCAAUGAUAAUAUAAUCGACUUUUAUCUCAACUUAGUCAUGAAACGAAACUCAAAAGUGUUCAUUUGGACAACUCAUUUCUAUUCAACUUUGGCAUCAAGAGGAUAUAGUGGUGUGGCUAGAUGGGCCAAACGGAAGAAGAUAGAUUUAUUCACCAUGGAUAAAGUAAUUGUGCCGGUGAAUAUAAGUAAUACUCAUUGGGCAUUGGCAGUAAUUGACAACUUACAGAAAACCAUCACCUAUUACGACUCCCUAGAUUUCAACCAAUCAGGCAAUCCUGAAGCUGUGGAGAACUUACAAAUGUAUAUGGAUAAUGAAGCCAAACGAUUAGGUCACCAUGCCAUCAAAUAUAAACUUAUUCCAUAUAUUGAUGCACCACAACAAAAGAAUGGAUCCGAUUGUGGUGUGUUUACUUGUGUUGCUGCUCAAUACUUGGCUCAAGAUAAGACUUUUAACUAUUCUCAAAAUGAUAUGAAAGUGAUUCGAAGACGCAUGACUUAUGAAAUCAUGAAUGAUGAACUACUAAAAUAG